AUGAGAGCUCAAGGGGCCUGUCCAGUGUCGACGGCUACCAUCCAUCCAGACAGCCCUCAUCUCCUCAAAGGCAUCAUCAAUCCAGGAGCCAAGAUACUUCUCAAUAAGAUCUACUCAGAGCUCUACAUCACAGAGGGAGUGAGUGAAGGGGUGAAUGAGGUCUGGCAGAUAGAGUCAGCAUCCAGAGCACAAACCACUGAAGACACUCCGAUCAACUGCAAUGACAUCUUCAAGCCCUUACCUGGACAGAAGAAGAACAUCAGAACUGUGAUGACCAAAGGUGUUGCCGGCAUUGGAAAAACCGUCGCUGUGCAGAAGUUUAUUCUGGAUUGGUUGAAUGGGGUAGCCAAUAAAAGUGUAGACUUUAUUUUUCCCCUCUCUUUCCGUGAGCUGAAUUUAAUCAGGGGUGAUCAGUAUAGUCUUCACAGGCUCCUGCUGGACUUCCACCCUGAGACGCUGAAUGAUGGUGAUGGAUACAAAGACUGUCGGGUUGUGUUCAUCCUUGAUGGUUUGGAUGAGAGUCAAAUUUCACUAAAUUUCCAACCAAAGAAUACGGUUUCUGAUCUUAAUCAGACAUCAUCCGUGGAUGUGCUAUUGACAAGCCUCAUUCAGGGAACUCUGCUUCCCUCUGCACUCAUCUGGAUAACCUCACGACCAGCAGCCGCCAGUCAAAUUCCUGCUCAGUACAUCGACCAGAUAACAGAAGUACGAGGAUUCAGUGACCCACAGAAGGAGGAGUACUUCAGGAAGAGAAUCAGUGAUAAAAAUCAGGUCAACAGAAUCAUCUCACACAUUAAGGCAUCCAAGAGUCUCCACAUCAUGUGCCACAUUCCAGCUUUUUGUUGUAUUGCAGCCACUGUACUUCAGCAGAUGCUGGAACAGGAACAGGAAUUCCCCAAAACUCUGACUGAGAUGUUCAUAUAUCUCUUGAUUGUCCAGACCUCUAAGGGAAAUGAGAAAAAUCAGAAACACAGUGUGAUUGAGAAGAAGAAGGACAUUCUUAGAUCCCAGAAAGAAAUAAUCCUGAAGCUGGCAGAACUGGCUUUCAAGAAUCUCAACAAAAGCAAUGCAGUGCUUUAUGAAGAAAACCUGAGAGAGUGUGGCAUUGACGUCAGUGCAGCCUCAGUUUACUCCAAGACGUUCCCUGGGAUCUUCAAGGAAGAAUCUGUGAGUCACCAGAAGAAAGGCUACUGCUUUGUGCAUCUGAGCAUCCAGGAGUUUCUGGCAGCACUUCAUGUCUUUGUUUCCUACAGCAAUCAGAUGGAGACCAUCGGGCCGUUUUUCUCCUUGGAAGAGUCGCUAAAGUUUACAAUAACCAAUGUUCUGGAAAGCAGGAAUGGGCACCUGGAUCUUUUCCUUCGCUUCCUCAUUGGUCUCUCAUUGGAGGAAAAUCAGAGACUUUUGAAAGGUCUGCUAAAACACACACACAGGACCUCGAAAAGCAUUAAGGAAAUGUGCCAGUACAUUAAAGAACUUGAUAGAGAGGAUCUCUCUCCUGAAAGAUUCAUCAAUCUUUCCCACUGCUUAUUAGAAAUAAAUGACCAUUCCAUCCAUGAAGACAUUCAAAGAUUUCAAAAAUCCCCUAAUGGCCUAAAAGAGAAGUUAUCUCCUGCCCACUGUUCAGCACUGGCCCAAAUGCUUCUGAAUUCUGAGGAGGUGCACGAUGAGUUUGACCUGAAGAAAUACAACACUUCGGAUGAGGGACGCAGGAGAUUGAUCCCAGCUGUGAGGUGCUGCAGAAAGGCACGACUUCAUGGGUGUGGACUCAACCAGAUGUCCUGUGAAACAGUGUUGAAGUGUCUGCAGUCUGCUAACUCCCUCAUACAGCUCGAUCUCAGUUGCAAUGCCCUUGGAGAUUCUGGAGUUCAGCUUCUUUCUGCAGGACUAACUAAUCCCCACUGCAAACUACAAACCUUGAGACUUAGUUGCUGUAAACUCAGUGGCGGAUCCUGCCAGAUUGUGGCUACUGUUCUACAGUCAGCAAACUCCCUGAUAGAGCUGGACCUGAGUCACAAUGACCUUGAAGAUGCUGGAGUUCAUCUUCUCUCUAAGGGACUGUCCCAUCACAAUUGUAAACUGCAGACUUUAAGGCUCUCUGGUUGUCUUAUCUCUGAGAGUAGCUGUCAAGACCUGGCUUCAGCUUUGACUUCAAAUCCUUCUCAUCUAAAAGAGCUGGAUCUGAGCUAUAACCAUCCUGGAGAAUCAGGACUGAUGCUUUUAUCUGCCACACUGGAGGAUCCUCACUCUAAACUGGAGAUACUUAAUACGGACCACAGUGCAGAGAUCAGACUCCGACCAGGUGUGCGGAGAUAUGCCCGUGAGCUCGUGCUGGACCCAAACACAACAGGCAUGCGCCUCGCUCUCUCUGAUCAGAUGAGGACAGUGACGGGUUUGAGCAUGAAGCAUGCAGAUCAUCCAGACAGAUUUCAAUACUGGCCUCAGGUGUUGUGUAGAGAGGGUCUGUCUGGACGCUGCUACUGGGAGGCUGAGUGUAGUGAAGGUGUGGUUCACGUAGCUGUGGCCUACAAAAGUAUCAAGAGGAAAGGGAAGAAUGAUGACAGUCGCUUGGGAUGUAAUGCCAUGUCCUGGAGUCUGCGCUGCUCUCCUGACAGUUUCCUUGCCAAACACAAUAAUGAACGCACUGACAUACCUGCCCCCUCCUCUGGCUCCAGAAGAGUAGGAGUGUACCUGGACUGGCCGGCCGGCACUCUGUCCUUCUACAGUGUCUCCUCUGACACACUCACCCACCUGCACACGUUCCACUCCACAUUUACUGAGCCCCUCUAUCCAGGGUUUAUGGCUUAUUAUGAUUGCUCAGCAUCCCUGUGCUCAAUGACAUGA